UGAUAAAAUAUAUGUCGCUCUUGUGAACAGCAAUACUGUGACACUUUCUCUCAAUUUUUAGUUAGAGAUCGGGACUUGCUCUGCGCGAAGUUGUACCAAAAAAGCAGUUAUUCACGGGAGAAAUGAAAAACGUAUUUGUCUCGGUAGCCAAGGGUCUUUUCAUAGGAAGUUGCCAAACCCCAAAAUCGUUGGAAUUUUAAGGUCCAUUCGUAAUCCAUUAUACGUGAACGUUCCAGUAAAGACAAAUAAUGAUAUAAUGCUUCCUUUGUAGCGCAGUUAGAGCGUAACCACAUCCAUUUAACGCUACUGUUUUCCAAUGCUUUUGUCAACGCAAAUCGGACAUUGGAAUGGUGUUUGUCCGUUGUGUAGAUAUAGAUAUAUGAUACUGCGCACGAAUCACCGAUACGACUUUGAAAAGAAUGAACGAUGCUUUAUUCCUUUGUCGUUUUGAUUAUAAAAAGGCAACAGGAUCCCACUCUGGAAAUUUUCGUAGUAAAGUCUUUUGUGUUUUUUUAUUUCUAAUGGAAAAUAGGCCCCCAUCACGUCGUAUACUUUCUCAAUUGUUUGUGGGAAGUUAAAACAUACAAUAUGGUCAUUCAUGUUUAACGGACCGUGAUGGGACGCGCCAUUGAGCCGAUCGCUUCAUGGUCCAUGCUUUCGUUACCACCUUGUAUUUGCUUAUACAAAAUUACGCAAGCAAACUAAACGAAGUAGUAGUAUACGUAAAUCAUUCACUGACGCAGUCAGGGAAAGCGAGAUCAACGCAACCCCGUAUUAUAUUUGUCAGUUAAAGUUUCUUUCAAUAUUCAACUUGUGGCCGAAAAAAUUCGAAAGUUUCUAUAGGCGUUUAACGGCGGAUUACAGUCUACACCAGUGUGUGGGAAUACGCUGUUUUCAGUUUACAUGCCAAGCUUGGAGACAGAAGGCGGCAAACUGGCGGCACAGAGAGCCAUGCAUUCGCAGUAUGUAUUACAGCUGCUGCAGUUACAGAGAAGAGCGGGAUUUCUUUGUGACAUCACAGUCAAUAUUCAGGAGAAAUCGUUCAAGGCACACAAACCUCUAUUGGCCGCGUGUAGUUUGUAUUUCAGAGCACUUUUCGCUGAUUCUGAAAAUGCAAAGACCUCAACUUUAAACUUUGAGAAACUGUCACCCAGCGGAUUUGAAGUUCUUCUUGAUUACAUUUAUUCUGGCAGCCUCGCAAUUACAUCUGAGAACAGUGAUCAGGUCUUAUAUGCAGCAAACUGUCUCCAGAUGACUAAUGUUGUUGAAACCUGCCUCAACUUUAUACGUUCUUCAUUCCAAGUUUCAGCAGGAGGGCCAGGGAAUCAUCCAGGUGGCCAAGAAUUACAUCCGAGAGUUGAUAGUACUACUAGUACUAUUGGACCGCAUGUUACUGGUAAUGAAAAGGAAUCUAUGACCGUUGGAACAUCAUGCAUUCAGUCUAUGGCACACCCACAGAAGACAACAGUUCAAUAUACUCAUUCUGAUCAGAGACCAACUUCGCAGCAAUUAACUUAUCCAUCUGGUGCUACACCAAACUACCCUCCUCCAACUUACGAGAAAUCAGAUCAACUUAAGAUUCCUCCAACUAUGCAACCUAUCAUCCACGGACCUCAUCAAAGUGUUAGUAUUACUCACACUCCGAUUCCACCUCAACUUCCUCUGACCAACCCAACAUCCGAAGCUCUCACAGUGUUGAUGCCCUACCUUGUAGCAAAAAAUGCCCGUAGACCUACUCUCAAUGAGGUUCGUCAACUCUUGUUGACGAAAACUACUCAACCGGAGAAUGCAGAGAGAUUUACACUUAAACAACCUCCUCCCGCACUGAUUCCUGUUGGGGAAACGCAAGAGAAAGGCGUGCCGGUUCCUACCGCUAAUAGCAAUUUGGUUACAGCAAGUCAGAUAGUGGAUCAUAAUCUCAGGCCUAUAAGCAUCCCAACACCAACACAGCCUUCAACAGUAAAACCUCAAACCCAGUCUCUAAUGCAGAAUCCACUUGUUUCCACCGAUGACGUCAACAUAGCGAAUCGGACCACUGCUCAUACAGGUUGCACCUUCGAUGUAAACAACCCUCAUCUGAUUUCUAAAGAGAUGCAGCCAUUCGUUUUGAUCACCACUGAUAUUGAUUCAACUAUAUCUCAAACAUCAAUCAGACAACAAACGUCAGAUAUGCAUGAUGAAAGUAGUAAGGGUAGUGCAUGGAGUGAUGAUAGAUCAGUAGGAAAUAAUCAUAAAGAUGGGAAUACUACUCAUCUGUCUGGCACACCAUGUUCAACCAAUCUUACUAUGGAUAAUUCCAGAUCCACAACAGAUCCUGCGGACUUGACCACACCGCGUUAUAUGGCAUCUUCCCCUGCCUCAUUCAGCUCAUCCCCCCGAAUUGAGAUAUCUCCUAUCUCUGCAGCAUCUGAUUCUCAAAUUACCAGUGACCAUUCCAUCACUGCUAAAACCAGAUGGACUCGUACACAGUCUCUGGACUUUACGAAAACCCCUUUGCAACAUUCUUCAUCUGGCAGCCCAAAAAAUAAAACGAAAUCUCACGACUUUCGCUCUGUUAGUUUGUCACCAAGGCUUUUCAAUACAGAAAGUUACCAUUAUGAGACAUCAUCCAAAGAACAGGAAAGCCAAAGCAAAGUUCCCGGCGAUCAUUCGGCUCUUAUAUCAAUUGAACAAGCUACAAAUGCAGUUGGUGCUCUGUUUGUUGGUGCCUCAUCUGAUAAAAGUAAAGAAUCGUCAUCAUCUGUAAAUUCCCCAGAUGAACCAAAUGAUGAAGAAGAAAGAAACUUGGUAAUUGAAGAAUCACAAGAUGUGCCAGAAAAUGAAGAAAAAGAUACAGCAGAAUGUGUUGGUGUUGUGAGGAAUACCACAAAGCAAGAAAAUUAUGAAGAAUUGGGAUUUCCAACUUCGUUUAGCGAAAAAAUACAAAACGAUGAGAUCACAGUUAAUCAAGAUAUCAAUGAGACUGGUGAUCGUGCAGAGACACAAAGAGUAAAAGCUGAAUACCAAUCAAGAACCUCGCCUCCUGCUGAUGUCUCUUUUUCUCUACUAGAGCAUGAAGUUGCGGAAUCCACAAGUUCAACAACUGCAAGUGUUGCUAACAGCAGUCGCACAGAAAGUGAUAAUGAAGAUAAUUUUGCUCUCGAUCUCACCAUGCCAAAAAGUUCUAAGCCACUGACAGUACAGCGCGCACCUCCUGUUCGUAUUGUACCUGAUAAACUCAUAAUGCACGGAGCCUCAAACAAAGCUACUGAUCCAAAAAUGAGAGAGGCACUCGAUGCACUGGUAAGGAUGCAGAAUACCGUGAGCCCUGCUAAUGUUAUGCCACCACAAUCCAUUUUGGUUUCUCCAAAUCAAGUUACUGAAGAAAAUUCUAUUAUGGCUGGAUUCUCAAGAAAACCAAGGCGAUCUUCAGGAGGGCAAACGUGCCAAUGGCCAGGGUGUGGCCGAUUGUUUCGUCAUCGAAAUAUUUAUGAAGAGCAUAGGAAACUUCAUGAAAUGGGUGUACCAGUUACACAGCUGAGAAAAUGUUACAUGGGCGCACGGGUCAAGAAAACGGCCAGAGAAAGGUUAGAAGAAAUGAGAAGUGUCGAUGGAAACUCCUCGCCAAACGUACCUGCAGAUGACGCCACAGAGAUCAGACAGAAUGGCGAACGCAACCUGAAUGCGACACCGCAAAGACCGACCAAUGCUCGAAAGCGAAAUUCGUCAUCCUACGGCAAAGAAGGUCCUGAUCGAAAACGAGUCACGGUGAAGGAUAGGAAAGAUCACUUUUUCGCUCAGAACAUACAAUGGCAACAACCACAACCUCCUCAAGUUCCAACGCAGGCUCAAAUUCGUCAUACCUUUCCACAAGCACCAAGCAUACCUUUGGCCGUCUUACAGGCUGUGAGUUCUAACGGGCCCAUGCGCUGGCAAGGUCCUCGACCACAAAUGGUAAACGGUGUCGGCGGAAUACCUCCGAAUAUAUUAAAUCAAGUGCAAAGUAUUCCGAGUUAUUUACAACAAUCAACGCAGGCAGCACUUGCGAGCAUGCAUCCACGCGAUGUACAAGGGCAAGUUGCGGCUAAUAAUUCUGCCGUUGCUGAAACGUUGGCCGCUCUGGGAAUUCCACUCCCAUCGAAAAGGGGAGGAGAAGAUAUUGCUCAGCGAUCUAAUACCACCGGUCCUCUUCUGUCACCCACAACAGCGAUGACACUCGACCAACUUCGCCGCACAAUAGCGUCUCGAGAGAUGGGGAACGUUUCUGUGGCUCAUCAACUCGAAGGGCAUGUUGUUGUGUCCUCUAGGGCGCUAACUGGCGGAGUAGGCGAAAUUCAUUUUCCGCCGCAGCAGUUUAUUUCUACUCUAAUGUUUCCGCCGCCACAAAGAACUGGGAAUGUCGUCGACAACUUCUGCUCUGAUCAAAAUCAAACUGAGAGACAAGUAGAGGGCCCAAACAUGAACCCUGUAUCACUCCAAAUGUCGCUUCCCAACUAUCAUCACGGAUCAGCCGCCGCCAGCGGACAGCAUGGUCCACACAGUAGCUAAUAUUUAGCAUUACAAGUCUCGGUAUAACCUGACUUGAGAUUCUUCAUCGUCCACAGUGUAGCUAAUAUUUAGCAUUAUACAAGUAAUGGUCCAACCUUGCUUGAGACUUUAAAAGACUAUGACUAGUCGUCAUUCUUUUUAUUGUGUUAUUUAAAUUGAAAAUGUUUUGACCACUAAACUAUCAAAUUAUAAACGAUUAAGCAAUUGAUUAAUUUAUUUUUGAUUAUGUUUCAAAUUUGAAGUUCCGAGAUUUAAUUCUAUAUUUUUCACCGAAAAUUGUGCUUUUUUUUAUUCAGUGCCGUUGUGCUUAUGUUUGUUUAUUAAAAUCGAAUUUUGAUUAAAUGAAAUAUUUAUAGAUUUGAAAAUGUUUUGCCACACUUGGUUCUAUGUAUUUGGUACUGGCAUAUGAACCCCUCCGUUUCGUAGACAACGAUUUACAACAAUGCAAAUUGAUAUUUCUUUAGCCACCACUAGUAAUGACCGUUCGCUUUUAGGACUAAGAUUCUUUUACCUCAUAGGAAUUCAAGUCGAGAAAGGACCUUGCCUAUAUGCUAUACCGUUUGAAUGGAUCAAGUAUUUUCCUAGAAGUACUGUUUUGUCAAUUUCGCAUUCUAACAUUAGUUUUGACUGUUACUAACACGAGUUCUUAAUAUAAUUUUGAUUUAUAUGUUUCCUCCAACUUCUUCAAUUCUAAAGUCGCACCGUAUUGUUUUAUAUUUGGCAGCAAAGACGAUCUAAAUUUUUGUUCAAUUAUUUUUUGUAUUUUUCUUGUAUAUAAUUUUAACUUGUAAAUAGGUCUGGCCUGGCCGAUUGUAAUUCUUUAAUAUUCGCAUCUGUGGCCAAGCGUAAUCUAGUAUGAGCUGAUUCUUAUUUUACGAGCUGUAUAUAUCGAGUGUUUGUUUCUGUACCGUAUCAAGAUCGGAACUUUUUUUCUUAGUAAUGUAUAUAUUCCAGCAUAACUUGGUGUAACUUAAUUACUGCACUUCGCGGCGUAUGGUACAAUUUGGCUCGGCCAAGUAUAUGCAGAUGACACUUUUGUGCUCUUUAUGCCCAGCUUAUACUUGGCCGAGGUGGGACGAUUUAACGUUUUUUGGUAGAUAGUUGUAUUCAAGUGUCAUAUUUUUUGUUUUGAUCAUGGUGCUAAAUCGCGUGUGCGUUUUUCUUUCUUUUUUUCAUAAUUGCCUUUUUGUACAUUAUAAUUAAUUUGGGAAUUCGUGGUAGAUCAUUAAAAAUCUUAAUUUU